AGGAACUAUGAGGAAGUGUUUGAGCGCAGUCUGUCAGUAGCACUCACACGGCAAGCAGAACAACAAAAUGGCGUCACGUUGCAGCCCACAGUACUUUCUAAAUCAACGGCGGUCCCCUCUGAUGAUGGCUCUGGUUUUGAUUGUGACGGGGCACUUUCUUGUCACAGAAAGUGUUGCUGUGGAACAGUUCAGAGGGGAGGUUGGUGGAAAUGUGACCAUUCACUGCCCCUCGGUCAAGGACAAGAAAAUUACAUUUUUCUACUUUCAGAGGGAUGUACACUAUGUGAACGGCUUCCAUACAUUACGAGAUAUAUCAGAAAGCACCUCAGCAUGGGAGAACACCAGGGUGACUCCCAACAACACAACUGUGCACAUGUAUAACUUGAACAUCUCACAUGCGGGUGACUACGAAUGCCUUAUCCUGUACAGCGACAGUGAAACUAUUACUAAAGAUGUCAUACAUCUGAAUGUCACAGCAAACUACAGUGUACCUGAAGUAACACUCCAAUGUGUUGAUGGUUUGAGUUGCCUGGUGACAUGUGCCUCACAUGGCGGCUACCCGAGCAUCAGCAUGACAUGGAGUGUGCCUGGGAGUGACAUGUGGAACGUUGUGAACAGUAGUGAAAUGCCUGAUCCAAACACCAUGCUGGUCAACAGCUCCAGCACCGCACACUUCAACUGCUCCAAUGGAGAGCUGAAGUACAUCAGCUGCUCUGUGGGCGAUGUCACAUCACCCAUGUUUUCAGUCUGUGAAAACAAGGAUCCAGAUAAUGCUGACAAUCUGCUUGUUAUCGUAAUUGCCAUAAUCACACUGGUGAUUUUCACAGUACCAACAGUGGUAUUUGUAGUGUGUUGGACACACAGGAAAGGACAGAGAGGAGCAACAGUAGAUGUGAAACAGAGCUGGAGAGUAAAUGGAAGUGAGGAGGAGGAAGUAGCCCUCGGUGAAGAGAGAGGAGAAAAUGAGGCACCUUGAGUGCUAUGAGAAGGUCAUCCAAGAAUUAAAACUGUGCUGUAUGCUGCUCAAGUGUACAUUACAUUUGUGACUGACCGGCAGCACAUAAAUCAAAAAUGGCCAGUGGGUCAGUGACUGACUAUGGACCGCAUGCUGUCAGGAUUUCACUGACACAUGUGACUUGUGUUUGAGGAAGUAUUCAUCAUCAGUUUCAUGUUACUGGUGAAGUACAGUGCGUCAGUGAGAAUAACUUACUUCUCAAAAAAAGGACUUUUCCAGUGGUUUGCGGUGAGAUUGCUAUUACAAACUGGAAAAUACUUCCCAACCGUAUGAGCAGUGAAAUCAAAAGGACCAAAGUCUGUAUUUAAACUGAUGAACUCUAUAUUUUAUUAGGUUUUCUAUUUUUAGUUCUUUUAUUUUUACACUUACGCAAAAAUAAAAUUGAAUGUAUAUAGAAACAACAGAAAAUGUGAUGGAGGGGUUGGAAAAAACCCUCGUGCCUUAAGCCAUCAGAAAAAAAAAAACAGGGUAUUAAAAGGAAGGGAAAGAGAAAACAUAAAACAAAAAUAAAUGAUAAGAUUGGGCAUGCAAGCAGAUCUCCAUAUGUAAUUAAAUAAAGUUAAACAUGACUAAUUAUUGGUGGGCAAUUAACAAAGAUAAUCCACAAAGAUAACACUGAGGAGAUAAAAACAAAUCGUAAACUGCUUUCUUUGUUGGUGCUAAGUUUAAAUGUGAGACAGGAAAGCACUCCAGAAUCAGUGAACAAAGUUAUUGUGCACUCUGACCUCCACUAGGGGAGAAGGAGGGUCUGUUACACUUGCUAAAAGUGUCACUUUUGGACUGUGAUUCCUCAUUAUUAAAUACAUGUGUUGUUGUUGGUGUUGUUGUUGCACUUUAGAAUUCCUGUAUGUUUUUAGAAAGACAAAAGUAUACUUAAUAGUAUAUCCCAGUCGACAAUAUUAUAUUGUCUUUUUCUUUGGUGUUUGGCUUUGUGGAUUUUCUUUAUUUUAUUUAAGGCAUAUACUGAACUAUACAUUUUCCUUUGAUAAUCAAAAGGUAUUUAAGUUCCCUGUUUCAGGGUUUUAUUCUUUAUUUACUUUUGUCUAUCGGAAGUGACAAGUAGCAGAAGCUGUGAAAAAUAUUGAUGAAUCCUGUUUGCACUUUGUUCUAUGCAUUUCACCGUUUCAGCGAAGAUGUGGGUUCCAGUAUUCCAGGAUUCUGCUGUAAGGUGCAAUAUUCAGUAUAAAGAGAAAUAGGUUUCUCUUUUUUUAAUUAGAUUGCAGAUACCCUCAUGCUUCAUAUUUUGGUAUUCUUCUUCUCUAUUCUUCUCCAUUGUUUUCUCAGUAAACUGUUCUCAUGUAAGAUAACCUUUUUGCAUGCUGUUUUGCUAUGUAUUUAUUUUAUUUUAUGUAUUUCUUUUUCUUUCUGCAUAGCUUACCCAGUUUACAUUAUUUUGGGUGAGGAGACCUCAGUUAUUCCUCCUUCCUCAGAAUUACAAAACAGUCUCAAAGGGUUACUUUCGCUUCCUGAAUCUGUACAAAACACUGCUCUUGGGUGGUUGUUGUAAAUUUGUUUUGUAUGUUUGUCAUUUGACAUAACUGCAUAACUCUGACCAUCUUACAUUUUUAUUGAAAUCAAUUGAAUUUUUUUGGUUUAA